UCCUACUUGUCGCGCUUGAUCAACGCGUUCGCGAUUUCUAUUGUAAGAUAUAAUUUUACUGAACGUAUCACGGGCUGUGUUUUGUUUACAAAUAGUGUUGUUAAAACGUUAUAAAUAACAUAGUCAUAAUUAAAAUCGUUCAAUUCCUUUUGAUACAUAAGUGUAUAGUGAUGUAGCUCGCAUUUUAUCAAAAUUUCAAAUCGUUUACAAGCUUGCUGUGGUAUUCAUUAGCAGUGUAUAAUAUUUCGUCGGAAGUUUGUAUGUUUUUAUAUAAUAAACAUCGUGAAGUCGAUCGAUCGAAGGAUAUUGCGAUGCGACCCACGUGCACAUAACUAGUAUCUCAUGCACAUUUGUUAUUAUUUUGUUAGCGAGUUAUAAUUCGAUUCGAGCUCAAGGAUCGGAUCGAAGAAGGGAAACCGCGUCUGCCGUCUUGCUCUCGCAUAUCGCAUUUCGCGGUGCAUUCAUUCAUUUUGAUAAACUAAAAUAGAAUUCGGUUUCUAAUUCGGAUUGAUCGUUUCUGUGCGCGAAAACCGGACGGCGCGUGUGACGGAGCGGGUCGAGCGCAUCGAGUGCACACGUGACGACGGGCGAGUGUUUGGGUGUCAGUCUGGUAGGGUCGGCGGGCGCCGGGCGGCGGGCGCGCGCUAGAGUCUGCCUGCAGUGCGGCCUGCGGGUGAGGUGAAUCACCGCGAGUGUGGUCGUGUGGUCGUGCCGUGGUCGCGAGUGGCCCCGCGGGAGUGAGCAUGUGCGCGGCCUGGCACCGAUGACAUCGCCCGGGCGACGGCCCUCCAGCCAGUGAUUGUGUUCCGAUAUGUCUUUUGGGUUAUGAGUGUGUGACAAAGUUGUGGUGCAUUGAGGACACUGGAGCCCCUAGACGGAGUUGGGCCCGCCGGGGCGGCCCUGGUGCUUCUCGGGGCUCCUCACGAAGGCAAAAUGGCAGCGUGGAACCGCCACCACCAUUUCAACAUGCUGAUGGAUGAGAAUGCCAAGAAUAAAUUGGGCGCGGUCGGCGGCGGCAUGCCCGAGGCGGCGGGCGGCGAGAGGCGGCACGUGCCCCUCUACGGCCGCCUCGUGGCGGAGGAGCAGCUGGCCUCCAUGAGCGCGCCCUCCGACAUUCAGGUGAGCGCCCCAGCGCGCGAUCCAACCGCUUUCCGCCGCUCCACUCCCACCAAGGCUAUGCAAGCUCGAAUACCACACCACUUUCGGGACCCCUCGACGGCGCCGUUAAGAAAAUUAAGUGUCGACCUAAUCAAAACCUACAAACACAUAAAUGAGGUAUACUACGCUAAGAAGAAGCGGAGAGCGCAGCCGUAUCUGGGCGACGACGGGUCGCACAAGAAGGAGCGCAAGCUCUACAACGACGGCUACGAUGACGACAACCACGACUACAUCAUCAAGCACGGCGAGAAGUUCCUCGACCGGUACGAGAUCUCCUCGCCCAUCGGCAAGGGCUCCUUCGGCCAGGUUGUGAAAGCGUACGACCACGAGGAGCAGUGUCAAGUAGCGAUAAAAAUAAUUAAGAAUAAGAAACCCUUCCUAAACCAGGCACAAAUAGAAGUCAAGUUACUGGAGAUGAUGAAUAGGGCAGAUGCGGAGAAUAAGUAUUAUAUAGUAAAAUUGAAGCGGCACUUCAUGUGGCGCAACCACCUGUGCCUCGUGUUCGAGCUGCUGUCGUACAACCUGUACGACCUGCUGCGCAACACCAACUUCCGUGGCGUGUCGCUCAACCUCACGCGCAAGUUCGCGCAGCAGCUGUGUACGGCGUUGCUGUUCCUCAGCCAGCCCGAACUAAAUAUAAUUCACUGUGAUCUUAAACCGGAGAACAUUCUCCUGUGCAAUCCCAAGCGGUCGGCCAUCAAGAUUGUGGACUUCGGCAGCUCAUGUCAACUGGGACAACGGAUAUACCAGUACAUCCAGUCCCGGUUUUACCGGUCGCCGGAGGUGCUGCUGGGUAUACCCUACGACCUGGCCAUCGACAUGUGGUCGCUGGGCUGCAUCCUGGUUGAAAUGCAUACGGGGGAACCUCUGUUCAGCGGCGCCAACGAGUUGGACCAGAUGAACAAGAUAGUGGAGGUGUUGGGCAUGCCGCCUGAUCAUCUGUUGGACCAGGCGCACAAAACGAGGAAGUUCUUCGACAAGUUACCUGCGUCUGAAGGCGGUGGUUACGUCCUCAAAAAAGUCGCUGGCAAAGACGGCGGCUACCGGAAGUACCGCGCGGCGGGUACGCGGCGACUCCACGACAUACUCGGCGUGGAGGGGGGCGGGCCGGCGGCGCGGCGCCGCGGCGAACCCGGACACUCCGUCUCAGACUACCUCAAGUUUAAGGACCUGAUCCUCCGCAUGCUGGAGUACGAUCCGAAGCAGCGCGUGACGCCGUACUACGCGCUGCAGCACAACUUCUUCAAGCGGACCGCAGACGAGGCGACCAACACGCAGCAGGCGCAGCACCAUCAUGUGGGUGGAGCGCGGCUGUGGGGAGGGGCCGAGCGCAUGGAGGUGGAGGGGCGAGCGGACGACAUGCUGCAGGUGUGCGCGCACAGCCCCGUCGCCAUACACUAGCGCCGCGCCCCGCCGCCCCCGCCCCCGCCCGCCAAGCGCGCGCGACGCCGCCGCAAGCGCCGCUAGCGUGCGUGCGUGCGACCGUGCGUGCGCGCGAGGACGCAGGACGUGCGAGUGUACAGACAGCGCCGCACGGCGCGGACGCAGUGCGUGCAGUGUGCGUGUACGGUGCUCAGACGCUGCGGUGUAUAGCGAAUAAACAGUGAUUUUGUACUCUGCGUAUAGUAUAAUUUCCGGAAGGGCGGUCUAGCUAAUUCCACGACGGACGCUCACGUGACGUCGGCGAGGACUGACACAUAUUUAUAAUUCUAUAUUUUUAUUUAAUGCGAUAAGUCUGACCGUAGAGAGGACGCGGACGUCGUGUAUUAUUUGUUGAAGCGCUUCAGUCGACCGUACUUAGUGUUCGCGUAACCACACACCCGGACAUCGAGGGCAUGAAAGCUAGGUUUUUUUAUUGUUACGCAAUGCAUAUCAAGAACGCAAUAUGGUAGAAAAUAAAUAUUGUACAUAAAGUUUUUAGGGGACCGACGUAUGACGGACGGCGACGAGACCGGUCACUAUAGUUUAGUUACGUCUAUGCUAGUUAAGCUUACGUUCGGUUGGUUAUCGCAAGCUUUAUACUUUGAAGUGUCGGCAACUGAUGACUGAAUAUAAAAGGGCCAAACGAUUUUUUUUUUCUUUAACCGAUACGAAACAAUAAUAUUAUAGACGUAAAAAUGAGCAAUUAUUUUUCGACUGGACGAUUUGAUUGGAUGAAUUCCACAGUAAAAGUUAAUAUGUAAAUGUUGCCCUCGCAUUUCGAAGUUGUUGUAUAUUGUAUAUGUUUUUUAUUUCGGCCGGGGGCGGGCUCGCCCUCGGCCGCUGUACAUCUGUGUACUGUUUAUAUAUAGGUUAUUUUUGACCCAUUGGAAUAUUCCGACGAUAUGUUAAACUGAAAGUAGCGUAUAGGUAAUUCUAUGAAACACAAAAUGUACUUGUAGGUUAUGGGAAUGUCGAUUCAUAUAUAAAUUUUUGGGUAUUUCAAAUAGGAGUUAAAUAAAAAAAAAUAAACUGACUCAUUCAACCUUUUUGGAUUUGAAUCUACAAUAGACUAACCUCAUCGCAACAGACUGGAAGUAACUUUGUAUUGGAGAUAUUUUGUAUAGCAUAACACUGAAUCACUGCCUUAUCGUGCCGGACUAGUGAGGGCCCGCCACUCGCCCGCAACGCCAGCGACAGCUAUAUAGCAGGUAUACGACAGAUGUGACAUGUACAGAGAUUGUAAACUGGGUGCGAGACUCCUCCGUCGAAACAGCAUAGCGCUGCUUUACCCACAGCGCCUAGUUGUUGGCAGCCACGUCGGUAAAGCAGUCCUUUGCUAUGUAAAUAGAAAUUCGGUGGCGGAGACUCGUGGCUGGUAACAAAGCUAGCAAGUGUUUUAUCCAAAAUUAAUUAUGUAAAAAGUUUUUUUAAACAUUUGACACUAUUUUGUUAAAGGUGCAUUCUCUCCCUUAAUUUGUACUCGACUGGUGUUAAUGUUCUUAUGUAUUCGAUAUCGCCCAGUUUGACUCGAAAUCAAUCCUCGUUUGAUUGAAUGCAUCCUUAACUAUGUAGCUUAGCACUCGGACUUGAGAACUGUUACCGAAGACUAUAUACUCACCGGUUUGUCUAGCAAAAACUAUGGAGCUAGAUGGGGUUUUUGUAGCAGUUUUCAAGUUUCCAGUGUAAUUGUUAGCCACUAGGGUUGAGCCACAUGCUGGAGUGACGAUUGCCCGGUCGGUUUGUGUGUUUGUGUUUAUACUGUGAUGUAGAUAUGAGACGUGACACUACGGUAGAGGGCGCGUGCGCGCCUGUGGCGGGCCGCGGAUCAGUAGCUUUGUACUGUAACGUCUAUGCCGCAUUCGACGCAACAGAAAAAAAAACAUCCGUCAAACCGCUUGACGUUUGACAGCUCGAGUGACACCUGUCAGAUUUGACGUCUAUGAUGACGCGUGAAGUUCGCUUCUGUCGCGUCGAGUGUUGCCCUAGCAAAUUAUAUUUUUGUUCAAUGUUGUUUAUCGCGCGAUUAUCGGGCGAGUUGAGUACGGAGCUACUGACGUUUGCAACUGAUAGCAGAUUUUUUUGUACUGCGGAACGUUGCUGUGAAUUUUUAUAUAUAGCCCCCGAACCCCCUCUCCUGAAAAAUAUUUUAAAUAACUACUUGCAUUUGUAUGGUACAACUAUUUAUUUUCUUACAUGAAGCAUGAAAGUAUUCGUUCCCACAUAGACUAAGCGCUGCGGCAGUUUUCGUUCAUUGUGGAUUUGAAUCUAUCGUCUCGACGCUAUAAACGAGUUUUAAUAACCUGUAUAUUUACCCGUAAUGAUACUUUUCUGCUUCAUGGCGUAAGAGGAGUUAGGAAUAAGAAAUAGGUAUGGGAUAUAUGAUUUUAAGGGAAGUGCCGGUGGGUUUCCGAAUUAAUCGAUUCCGUUUACCGAAUUCGACUAGAUAUUUUGUUUGACACGAACUGACACGUAUAUUGGAUCACGAUUCUGCGACUCCGAAUAUUGCCUUAGGAAACCUGCCCCGUCAUACAUAGCCACCGUGAUAACUACACAACACCAAACCUAUUACAUAGUAACCGAGGCCCGAGGACGUGCUUGUAUGUAAUAUAUAUUUAUUUGUACUGUGACUAGGUUCAGCGAGUGUGAGAGAGUUACAGUUUAUUUCCUAUCGGAUUGUCAGUUCGCAGGCACUGUAACAAUAAAAGGAUAGAGCUUUAUGUCACUAAGUUUUGUAUUUUAAAUCAAUAAACGAUAGCAAAGA